UGCCCCGGCGAAAGUAAGUUAGUUCGUUUUUAUUGAUGUUGGUAUGUUAGUUCGGCAUUUUCUUUAAGGUGUCUAUUUCUGUUUUUGCAGAAGGGUGAGAAGGGUCCGACCGGCUCAAAGAGCAAGGCCGAAGAGGGGGAUGCUUCCGCAGCGGGGAAGCGUCCUAAAGUCAAGGCGCGGAUUAGGCGUCCCAAAAAGGAGGACGUGCCGGAGAAUUCAGCGGACUCUCCUGUGGAGGUUAUCCCCAUGGCUGUAACUCCGUUACGGCAACACCCUCCCCCUGAGGGUUCUGCCAGGCGGGGGGACGCCAGGGGCGGAGCCGGCCCCAGCAAGAGAGCGGCGUCUCCUACGUCGGUGGAGAUCCUCGAUGGUGAGGACGAUCAUCCAUCGGCUCAGGCGGCUCGGACUCCUGAGGCACCUCGUCCUCCUCCCCGCGGCAGAGACGAUCCCGCUUCUGGUCGGCAGGCGGCAUUGGACGAUGAGGUCCGCAAUAUUCAUGCGUUCCGGCACUUCUCUUCCCGGGAUAAGGCUAAGAUCAUCUCUUCGGUGAUCAAGGCCGUGCCGAAGGAAUAUGUGGACCAAUUCCCUCCGGCAGCGGACGCGCAGUUUGGGGCUAUGCAGGCGGUCCUUUUGGAUGUAAGCGUCCAACUUUUUGUUUCACCCUUUUGACUUAGUAAUUUUAUCCCCUCUUACUUGUGUUUUUCCACAG